AUGAGCUUUUUCCGCAAUCUUUCUUCAAUGCCACGGGCCGCUAGCAAAUUCACUGGAAUGACCUCUGCUCGUGCUUUCUCCACAACCCCUGUGGCGCGUAGCAACGUUGCUCGCAUGACUCUCGUUGGCCGUGUCGGUACUGAUAUUGCCAUCAGCACUUCCAAGAACACCAACCGCUCUUAUAUCCAGUACAGUCUUGCUGUUAACACCGGCAAGGAUCACACAUCUUGGUUCAAGAUUGUUGUUUUUGAGGGAAACCAGCUGUCGUUCAUGGAGAACUAUGUUCGCAAGGGAAACCUUGUUUACGUCGAGGCCGCUGCUUCCCAGCAGAUUUACACCACUGAAGAUGACAGAAAGGUUACUACUCUGCAACUUAUUCAACAAUCUAUCACUAAGAUCAGAACCAAACCUGCUGCCAGCGAUGAAGCCGAGUCUGCUGAAGGUGCUGUGGAUCCAGAGUCUGAGGAACAACAGCCUCACGCUUAA